AAAACAUAAUCUACGAGUAAAGGAUGUAUAUUUAGAAACUGUACUGACAUAAAAGUAGUUGAUGUAUAAUAACUUACAAGUAAAGAGGAAAAUAUGAUGUCUUAUAUUUUAAGGAAAAUUCCCGUCACCAUAUUACUAAUAUGUGCUGUUCUGCAGUUGACAUCUGCUGAACAAAGUCCACUUUGUUUCGAGGUUCAAGAAGGGCUAACCAAUGGAUGUAGUGUCCCACUAUUUGGAAAAUUUCCAUACAAAAAGAUAUUUGAACCUGCCUGUCAACUUCAUGAUUUAUGUUAUAAUUGUGGAAUAGCGCAAAGUAAAGAUCGGAAAUACUGUGAUAAAAUUUUCCUGAAAAAAAUGAAACAAAUCUGUUCAACAAGAAAGGGUUGGAGAAAAAGAUCGUGCAAAAGAUUUUCAAGGUUGUAUUAUGUUGGUGUUUGUGCGGGCGGAAAAUCAUCAUUUCGGCAGACUCCAAAAGCUGAAUGUAGCGUACUAGACUGGAUAGCCAGUUGUUUUCCGUAAAUUAAACAUAGUCUCUAGUUGCAUGGUUAGAUUAUACUUUGUAUUUGUCUGAAAAAAAAUAAAGAUAUAAAUAGUUUA